AUGGAAAAGAAUAUUUUUCCACAGAUUAAAGAUAAACCUCACAAUCAAGGAAGAAACAAUAAUACUUUAAAUGAUGAGAAUAAUGAUCGUAAAACUAAAUUUGUAACAUUGACUGGUCCAAACGAAAUUACAAUCAGUGGACUAGAUAUAUUAAGUAAACAAAUUAAAUCAUGCAGCCAAUGUUCAAUGACAUUUAGAUACAAAAGGCAUUUGGAUCGGCAUUUGAAAGGUCAUGAGAAAAACAAUUGUUCUCAUUGUAAUGCAAAAUUUGCUAGGCGUAAACACCUUGAAAUACAUUCGUUUCAUUCACAUGGGGAAAGAGCAACAAAAUAUUCUCAUUCUUGCGACUUAUGUCCUCGCAAUUUUCCUAAACGUGCUCUAUUGAAUCAUCAUCGAGCAAAGCAUAAUUAUGAAAACGGCAAGGUUUGUAGUGAUUGUGGAGAAAUGUUGAAAGCGGAUGAAGAUGAUAGGGAACAUCAUUGUAUCAAAAAACAAUUUAAGUGCAUGAGAUGCUUACAAACAUUUUGUAUGGAACAAACAUACCUAAUCCAUAUUCAGAAUCACGAUAAUCACAAAUGUUCCAAGUGCAACGUUACUUUCACAUCUAAAAAGAAGGUACAUGAACAUUACAAAACAGUACAUUCGUCAAAAUUAAAUCAUAAUAAUCUGUCAAAUAAUGGUAUUUACUUCUGUCCUGACUGUAGACGUACAUUUCUUAAGAAGGAUGAUUAUUCUCGUCAUUUGGAAUCUACUUUGCAUCUCAGUAAAGUGAGCAAAGAGAUAUCCAUAAAGAACAUCUUUAAUUGCUCAGUUUGUUCAAAGAAAUUAAUUUCGCAAAGAGCACUUGAUCAACACAUUAGACGUGUACAUAAAAGAGAAAAAAGGUUUACCUGUGAUAUGUACAGUUGCACAUUUCAAUGCUCGAGAAAAUCAGAUUUGUGCAGACACAAACAAUUACACAUAGAGCAGAGAAACAUUGUGUGUGAACAGUGUGGAAAAACUUUCACCAGUGUUAGUAUUCUUAACGAUCAUGUUCUUUACAUGCAUAAUAAAGAGAGGCAAUUUAUAUGCGAAGAAUGUGGUAAAACAUUCAAAAGAAACAGUUUAUUAAAAAGACACAAAUUAUCUCAUCAACAAUAUCGACCGUUUGCCUGUAUACAAUGUAAUACUGCUUUCAAGAGAUCGCAUCACCUUACCCGUCAUAUGGAAACUUGUCACAGUAUUAAGCUUGAAAAAAAGAAAAAGGUUCUAAAACUCAUGAAGACAGAAGAUGGUCAUCUUGUUCCAGUACCAGAAACUCCGAGGAAACUUAAACUUAAAAAAUUCAAAAUUAAGGGAGGAACUGAUGAAGUUUUGGCAUCAAAUGAGAAAAUAUUGUUUUCUGAUAACACGAAUAACGCUCAUGAACGUACCAAUUCAAAAUUUGAAUCACAAUCAUUGACUAAUUCUAAUAAUUUCUAUGAAAACCCAACAUUAUCAUUAGAACUCAUUAACUUUCUACCCACUGCAGAUUCUGUUUCUCAAAUUCUUUCAUUAGUGGAUACUAGUGCGGAACAAAUUGUCACGGUAGAGGUUACCAACCCCAAGACUUUAACGAAUGAUCUCAUAGAACAAUUUGAAACGAAUCCUAAUGAAAUAUUGAAUCUUAACAGCUAUCAAGAUUUAGAGUUUCAGCAUAGUAUUUUAAACAUGGAUCAACAUUUUUAUGAACAUUCUAAUUGUUCUGAAUUUUCUGUAGGAACUGUCGAAGGAGUAUCACUUUUUGUAGAUUCGAACAUAAACAAAGUAGACACAAUACCAAUAGACAAUUACUUGAAUCAACCAUUUCCAUCGUUUUUUAAUCUUUAA